AUGGCUCGCUGUAAAGAUAAUCCUAUUGGUCUUGCUGCAUCGAACAAGGUUGGCACGUCUAAGAAGACACAGAGUGUGCACGUGCAGUACGGCCCCAUGUUUCGAACCCUGCCACUGGAUGUGAUGGCUGAGACAGGGAAGGAGGUCGUACUCAAGUGUGAUGUCGACUCCAACCCGGCCGCCAGCAUUGUCUGGCUUCAGGAGGGUUCCGACAAGGCUUCCGUGUCCCCUAGCGGGGAACUUCUGCCUGACUCUGGUGGGUCGGAGGAGGGGUCUGCCCUUCGGAAGAGGCCUGCUGGCGGGAUGGCAAGGAAUGAUGGUGCCCAGCCGGGACCUGCUGGGCAGUUUUCCUGGUCUGUGGCUGCUUUUCCCAGUGAUUCUGUCUUCCUGGCCACUGUGCCGUCUGACACCGCAGUUGACCACGCUGCUGCAAGCCAGUGCCUGCCCCCUGAUGCCUCCUGCGAUCUCGGGGCAGGGCAAAAAACUGGGGGGGGGUGGGGGUUCCCUACUGCUGGUGUUUACACCUGUGUGGCCACAGUAGGGGCUUUUCUGACUGCGGGGCGGAUGAGGGUACUGGUGAAGGGUCCCCAACUAUACCCUGCAGGUGAUCCUCGCUACGAGGUAGUUGAGGACGAGCAAGAAGAGGGUGUAAGGAACAUCUUGGUGAUCCAUGACGCUGAUACUCACGACUUUGGUGCCUACAACUGCUCAGUAGUAAAUGAGUACGGCGUCGCCAGGAAGCAGAUCAGACUUAACAAGGAAAAGAGGGUGCCAGUACUGCUGCUCGUUGGUGGGGUGGUGGCACUGUUGCUGGUGGCAGUGAUAGUCGCAUUCCUCGUCCUCUGCACCAAACAACAUUCGGCCACCAAAGAGUCAUCAGUACCAGAGAAGCCCUCGGCCCUAACUGUGGUUUCCAGUUCCCCGGUAUCUAACAUGUAUCUGGCACAGUCAGACACCAAGCUCUCAGAGGAGCACACUUCCACUCCCACACACUCACGCUCUGAGAUAACACCCACGGAGGAGACCAAGGUGCGGGCUGCACAUGCUCUCAACAGACUGAGUAGAGACUCUGGCCAGACCUUUAUACCUGACCCAGAUAGUGACGGAGGACGGGUCUACAUGCCCUUCGCAGACUACGGUAGGAGGGACUUCGCCCCAGUACCCAUUGGGCGCCAUGCCUCCUUCAGUGACCUCGGGCCUUGCGCAAAUCAACCGACUACACUGUCAUCCCCCAUGCCAGAAUUCUGCACUAUCAGGAGAGUCACCAGAGGCAGUGACCUGGCUGGUGAGAACUGUAGUAAUAUUCUGGACACUAUCAACUAUCACAACACUUCAACGCUGAGACAAAAUGGGAACGCCCAUAAUAUGUCCCGCCACUCUGCUUAUUCCACGGUUCUUGCUACUACCUAUGGCUCUCCGCCGCCCCCUCCGUAUACAAAGAACUCUAGAAUAGAGUCACCACAAGGAGACACAUCCCCUGCAGAAAUCACAUCCCUAACCCUGCCUAAUUCCUUGGUUCACGCAGAGAGUGGAUCCCAAGAGGCUAAAUAUAUCUUCUCCCCUGAAGCCAUGAUGCAACCCGGCACACUUGUGUGACCCUUAGCUACUUCCUUGCUUGUGUGAACGUUGUGACGUUAAUGAAUGCUGGAAUCUUACCUAGGACUGAGGUAGACUCUCACCUGGCACUGUGAGGGGUACUGCUCCGCGGUUUUCCUACAGCUCGUAAACUAGUCUUAAACAGGAUCCUAGUGAGUUCUACAUUAGACGUCUACGAUAAGAUGAUGAGAUGCUUCAUCAUGAUUCCACCUAAUUAAUGUAUGGAAUAUACCUCCAUUAUGACG